CUUCUUUGAAGAAGGAAGUAUCAAAAGGAAAAAUCCCCCCUCCCCAUAUCAAAGCGGAAAUCUGUGAUGCGGGAUUUGUGUACACAAAUCACAUUUGUCUUGCUGGCAAGCACUGCACGCAGAUGGCAAGCCUAAGGGGGGGCCUUUUGGUGUACUAGGGGCCUAGUCGAUGGCAGACGUCUGCCCUGUAGGCCUUGCAGCAUUUUUACAAACCGCCUGCGUGAUUAUAUCGCGGCGGACUCUCUGGAUUUGCCUUCUGGCAAGACAGACAGGAUUCGUGGUUACAAAUCUGCAUCACAAAUCUGCGGAAGGACAUGUUUUCAAUAUGGGGACGAGGGGGGAUCUUUCCUUUCGAUAGGAAGACGCGAGCACAACUUCUACAAGUCGAGGAUCCACCCCGGGCGAGGCUGAGGCUGAGGCCGCUGAGGAGGACAAGGAUACGGAUGUGAAAGACGAAGAAGAUGAAGAGCGAAAAAAGAAAGAAGCAGACAUCAGCUCCACCCGAAGACAUUUCGCCAUGCAGCCUUUUGCCAGGUACGGAGAGGCGCCACAGUCGGAGUGUAGUUCGGUGUGUGCCUACGCCGGGGACUACUGGAACGCGAACAGCUAUGGAAGUGUCAGGAUCGAAAUCGUCCGAGUUUAAUUUGUGAUGCAUAAAAUCGAGGCCAGUUAGACCUACAGUUUGUAGUUGGCGCAUGACAAAUUUUCCCCGUCCUGGAAGCGAGUCUGUGAUGCGGUUUAGGGCAAAGCGGCUGCCUUCUGUCAUGCUAGUCAGCAGUCCAACUUUUGACCCUUACCAAGACUAUAACUUGCCUUCCGUGCGUCCUCUGCAAUAGAGUCACUUUUUGCGUCGCAUUUUCUGCAUGACAAAUCAUUUCAACUUUGACGAUUUCAAUCCUGACGCUUCCAUAACAGCAAAAAUUCCGCAGGAGCACUGCAGGAUACUGCCGCGUUCAACUGUGGGGGGAAGCUGCGCAACGCCGUCUAUAUCACGUGUAAAAGUGUCUGGGUCCUCUGGAAGGGCGCAACUUGUCAUGCUAAAUCUGAAGCAUGCACAAAUGAUCUGUGUUGCAUGAUUACCAAAAAUCGUCCAGUUUUGACCAAGUCGGGAGGGAAUUUCUCAUGCAGGAUAGGCAUGAGAGAGAUCGCACAGAAUCUGUCACGCUAGGUCCUGCAUUCCAGACCUCAUUGGUCAUGGAAAAGCUGCACGACAAGUCGCACACUCUUCCAGGCCCAGACAUUUUUGCAUUUGAUAGUCUACAAAGUUCCGCAGAACAUGGCCGCCACGGUAGCCCUAUCCUGUGCAAAAGUAUCGUACUCGUAUUGUAAUCAUGCAUUACAAAUUCUGUUCUUAAGGCAAAUUAGCAUUACAAAUUUUAUUUCUCACGCUGAGGAAAUUUGUAAUGCAUUUAUGCGAGUGCGAUACUUUUGCAAUUCAUAAGCCCUCUACCUGCAGUUCGACACCGCCGAGUUUGAGGAAGGGUAUGAGUAUGAUCACGGUCUUCACGGCGUCGAGCACGGUGAACAAGAACAUCCUCAGAUGGCGGGAGGCGAGCAAGAACAAAAAGUAGAAGUUGCUGGAUCUUCUUUAUCAUCCUCGUCGCCCGGAGGUCAUGAAGAUGCAGCGACAACACCAACAUCUUCGGUGGGCAAGACGAAAAAUGAAAAAAAUCGCGCAGGGAACAAAGAUGAACACCGUCCAGCGCAAGAACUACCACGCCCCCGGCCGAUCCGCAUCCCUUCCGCCGCAAACCGGCUAUGGUAUCGCGAGGUAAGCAAGCUGGUGGGCCGCGAAUCCAACCGCCGGAUUCGGCUUCCGUACAGCCGCGCGAGUAUGAAACUGUCAGGAUUUAAAUUCGACAAAGUUGAAAAAUUUGUGAUGCAUAAAACCGAUACCAGUUCGAACUCGAAGCCCAAUUUCCAAGCGGCGCAUGACAAAUUUCGACGUCAUCGAAAUCCAGCUGAAGGCCUCCUUUGUCAUGCUACUUCAGCAGCUCUAUCCCAAUCCCAAAGAACGCAAACCCGAAACAGGCUUACAAUCGACCUGACUUGCAAUCCCUGCAAGACAGUCACUUCGUGCCUUCUAUUUUAUGCAUCACAGAUUAUGUCAACUAUGUCGAUGUCAAUCCUGACACACCCAUAGCGAGCCCCCAGGCCAAGGCCAUCGCGUUGCAAAAGUUUCGUCAGCUCGCUGGGCGUCGGAUGUUCCUGCAGUGCACCCGGUGCGACGAAGAUUUUGCCACGCAGCACCCGUUUAGCAACCUACGACAAAACCUGGACCUGCAGAGCGACGCAAUCUCGGUAAGGUUGGAGAAGAAGAGUGGGAAGGCUGGGGAAUCAGGGCGUGCGGAACAUGAUGAAAAGGCUUCUAGAAGUCGGGAAAAUGAAAAUAAAAAUGACCAGGAGCGGGGGGAGGACGAGGAGGACCUGGCUGUUCUCCAGUAUAGCAGGUCCGUAUUAGCAGACGAGGAGGAGAUAUGGAGAGAAAAAAGUUUAUCACAGUCACUAAUUUAUUGCAGGGUUUGCAUUACAAAUUUUCUUGGCAUCACAAAUUUUCCUUGUAUUGCAGAAACACUAGGGAAAUCUCGAAUAAAGUUUGGCUGUGAUGCAUGAUUUUUACGCAUGACAAACAGUUUUUUAUUGCAAAAAUGCGCAUGAGUGAUCGUGGCGAACUUUUUUUGUUUGAUAGGAGAACAAGGCCUACAACAAGGCCUACCUUGCCGACACCGAGGUGGAGCACGAAGAUAUCAAAUGCAAAAAUGUAGUCUGGGUCUGGAAGGUUGGCGCUUGUGAUGCUAACAACUUUGGGAUCUGAAUAAAAUAAAAUCUAUAUACUACAAGGCCGCAGCUUAUGUCGCGCAGUGGGAGGGUGAACGAGUGGACAGGGAGGAAAGAAAAACGCCAGAGGGUGGGCAAGGGAAAAAAUUUCUGAUGCAGGGCGGGGCCAGGCAUCUGCGCCGCUGGCUUCUUGCUGAAAGAACGAAGGCGGAGCGCCAUGGCGCCCGUGGUUCCCGUCGUUGUGCGAGCGCGAGGACUCCGCCCGCACUGUGCGCGCGCUUGCGUGGCGGCAAGCCUUAGGCCCCAGCAACAACGCAAAGCGCGGCAGCGGGCAGGCGCCAGUGGACGGAGGAAGGAAGCAGGGGAACAGUCCGCGCCAUGCGAGGCGCUGGCGCGUGACGCCCCGCCCGCGCGUCUGCGGUGUGGCUCGUUCGUGCCGCCUGCCUGUUUGCCCCGCCCCUGCGCGCCUUGGUGCCAUCCCCCGCCCUUCUCCCGCGCGCAGCCUUGCAGAGCAGGGGCUCGCUGGGGCCCCUGUCGCGCGCGUGGAUGGAGGACGGGCGCCGGGGUGGGGCAUUCAAUCAUUGCCCUCCAGGCGCAGGGGCCCACCACCCUCCCCCAGCACCCCCGGACAACAACGGCGCCCCCCGCGUUUGCUCGCAUGCAAUCUGUCCCGCCCCCGCCUGCUUCCCUCGCGCGCACCCUCCAAGACAGAGACGGCGGACGGUGGCGCCCUCUGCCGGCCUGCUCGUGAACAGAGGGAGGGCGCCGGGGGAGGGUGGUGGGCAGCCGGCAGCUGCUCGCCCGCAAGCGUGGCGCUGGGGCGCGGCUUUCCCUGCGCGAACAGAGAGAGGGCGCCGGGGGAGGGUGGUGGGCAGCUGCUCGCCUGGUGCUUGGCCGCCGGCGGCGUUCGCAGGCACGCCGUGCGUGCCCCCCGCCGUCUGUGCGCCCUCCGCCCGUGCUUCCCGUUUUCCCCGUGCCCCCCACCCGUUUUCCCCGUGCUCCCCGCACGCUUUCCCCGUGUUUCCCGCUUUCCCCGUGCUUCCCACCCGCUUUCCCCGUGCUUCCCACCCGCUUUCCCCGUGCUUCCCGCUUUCCCCGUGCUUCCCGCUUUCCCCAAGCUGCAAAACCGGGGCGGCAGGGUUUUGGGAGAUUGUUGCAAAAUAUUUCCGCCUGAAAAUAUUUUUCGGGGAUCGCAAAAUAUUUUGGGCCGCGAAAUAUUUUGGGCCGCGCAAUAUUUUGGGUCGCGAAAUAUUUUGGAUCGAGAAAUAUUUUGCGUUGCAAAAUAUUUGGACUUGCGAAAUAUUUUAAGUUGCAAAAAUUGGACUUGCGAAACAUUUUGAGCCGCAAAAUAUUUGAAGUCGCAAAAUGUUUGGAGUUGCAAAAUAUUUCGAGUUGCAAAAUAUUUGGAGUUGCAAAAUAUUUGGAGUUGCAAAAUAUUUCGAGUUGCGAUGGGACUUGGGCGAUUUGCCGUUUGCGAUGUGACUUGGGCGAUUCGCCGUUGGGCGAUUCGCCGUCUGUGAUGGGACUUGGGCGAUUCGCCGUUCGGCGAUUCGCCGUUUGCCAUGGGACUUGGGCGAUUCGUCGUUGGGCGAUUCGCCGUUUGCCAUGGGACUUGGGCGAUUCGCCGUUGGCCGGCCGUUGGCCGAUUUCGCAUGCAAAUCGCGACAGCUUUGGAAAGUUGGAGAACUGGCAAAAAAUUUUCGGCGUGGGCGAUUUUCCUCCCCUUUGCAAAAUUCGAACUGCCCCCGCUCAGCAGGAAAGCUGAAAAACCGGGGAGGCGGGUUUUUGGGAGAUUUUUGCAAAAUAUUUUCGUCUGAAAAUAUUUUUCGGGGAUUGCAAAAUAUUCGGGGUCGCAAAAUAUUUCGGGCCGCAAAAUAUUUUGGGUCGCAAAAUAUUUUGGGUCGCAAAAUAUUUUGCAUUGCAAAAUAUUUGGACUUGCGAAAUAUUUUGAGUUGCAAAAUAUUUGGACUUGCGAAAUAUUUUAAGCCGCAAAAUAUUUGAAGUCGCAAAAUGUUUGGAGUUGCAAAAUCUUUGGAGUUGCAAAAUAUUUCGGGUUGCGAUGGGACUUGGGCGAUUCGCCGUUGGGCGAUUCGCCAUCUGCGAUGGGACUUGGGCGAUUCGCCGUUGGGCGAUUCGCCGUUUGCACUGGGACUUGGCCGAUUCGCCGUUGGCCGUUGGCCGUUGGCCGAUUUCGCAAAUCGCGACAGCUUUGGAAAGUUUGAAAACUGCAAAAAAAAUUCCGACAUGGGCGAUAUUCCUCCCCGUCGCAAAGUUUUAACUCGCACCGCUCAGCAAUAGGAGUUAUAUGUAUUGCAUGAUCAGCAAGAGGAGUCUAGUUCGUUGUAAUUUGUGCCAGUACAACAACGCAGGCAGGGCAUUUGUCAUGCGGAAAAAUAGGCAUCAGGAAGCCCUCUGAAAAUCUGUGAUGCUAGCUCAUGCAUUACAGACAUCCUGGGUCAUGCAAAAUAUGCAUGACAAACCCGGAAAUGUUCCAGACCCAGACAUUUUUGCAUUUGAUAGAAGAGGACAGGAAUCAAAUCAGGGCUGGAGGUGUGAACGAGGAGGCUGGUGGAAAAAAGAUCGUGGAAGAUGAUAACGAGCACCCCCACGGAGAAAAAGUUCUUGCUGCAGAGAAAGUGGAUGUUGAGCACGAGCACGACGAGGAGGACCAGCACCUCCAGCUCCACCCCCGGCCCUUCCUAUCACUGGACGCGACUAUUUAUCACAGUGCACAUCAAGAACUCCCCGUUCCCUCAUUUGUCCUGCAAAACAGCAAAUCCAGGCUGUGCCCCUUGGCACUGUUUGCAUGACAAACUCCGCAGGAGGCCGAAACAGUACUACACUCCUGUGCAAAUUUGUCAUGGGCAGCCGGCAUUCUUGCUGACGCUUGUAUUGCCGUUCAUGCUAUACAAAUGAGGGGGAGGGGGAGCUAUGUGCACUCUCAUACCAUUGACGCAGUGCGGUUUGGAUUUUUCCACUUCCAGUGGAGAAACCCCGCGGACUAUCCUGGUGAAAAACGUCCCCAUUUUUCCGUAGUCAAGUUGGUAAAUUUGCAUACACAAAUCUCCAAGUUUUAGGAGUAUAUGCAUGACAAGUUUAAGUUUUGCGUUUGCCUCGUAGCGACGUGCUCCCGUUUAACUAGUGUAGCAGCAUCACAGAUCAAGAAUAUGAUGCUGCUUGGAGCAUGACAAAUUCCGCAACACCACUAGAAUACCCCUCUCAUGGGGCUCCGCAUGAGAAAUAUUUUCAGCAUGCCAAUUUGCAUGACAAAGACAACUCUGGGGAGGUGGGAACGUGUUUACAAAUGAUACGGACCCGCGCGGGGGACAGGAGUUCUCCUCGCCCGACGGUGGCGGGGCUUACACCAUGCUGGA